AUGAGUGUGGGUCAGGUUUUAGAAUACGGGCGUGAGAUACGAAGUGCAAGUCCAAGAUGGCGGAUAGCAGAUGUUUUCCUUCAAAAUCUAGAAGUUCGGAAUCUAACUCGUCGCUUUCAUGAGCCGCCGGCAGUUCUUGUUAGCGCACACCGUAGACGAGGCUUGCCGUCAUCUUUGAGAGACCAAAAUAUUGUGACGUGGGUGAAGGAUGUAAGUAUCACAGCGUUUGAAGUAUGCAUAGAAGCCCUUCCAGGAAUACACGGGAAUCAUGAACCUAUCACAAUCGACUAUGCUGCUAUAGGAGACCUUGAUCCCUGUCUUGACGUUACCUGUGAAAAGUUUGCAGUUUGUCGUGCGUUUGGUCCCUACGAUGCACGAUGUGUUUGUGUGACAGAUUGUCCUUCAGUGGAACAAAAUUUCUGCGCUUCAAAUGGAAGAAGUUUUACCAAUGUUUGCGUAUUCCAACUGGAAGUUUGUCAAACAAAAGCAAACUAUACAUACUACCAUCAUGGGCGUUGCAGAGAUUUUCCGAUGACACGAGGACGAAGACAAGUCCCUGGAAUUCCUCGCUGGUCAGAUUCACAUUGCCAGACUGUACAAUUCGACCCGUUAACUUUCUAUCCUGAAAAGCCUGUUCACGUGCAGAUUAGCGUGAGCCACGUGAACGAUCCGAGUCAAGUUCAUGAUGCAGCGGUAUCAUGGGUAGAAGAUAUCAACGACAAUAAUUUCACGUUUUGUGUGAUGGAGUCAGGAAGAAAUGAAGGGCCACCUCACGGAUUCGCUACUGUUGAAUAUAUGGCCUAUCAAGGCGCUCCAAGCAGAGGAUUGGCCGGCGUAGUUGUAAUGCCGGAGUGGUGGGCCGGAACUAAGUGCCAAGAUGUGGACAUAUCUUCGGGAUCAUUUUCGUCCACACCGGCUGUGCUUGUAACUGCAGAACAUCAUCGACUUAGUCUCAAACACGACGCUGCCUCUCUUUGGUUGGAAGAUGUCACAAGCUCGUCAUUUAAAGUCUGUUUGCGCGAGCUACAAAACUUUGAUGGACCUCACCAGGACAUCCAUGUUAACUGGUUGGCUUUUCAAAAAUAUGAACAACCUCUGUUUAGUGAACAUGCUACCACUAAUUUCGCCCAGACAAACAGAGAUCCUUUGCCCAGUACUAAUUACGCACAAUGCCAGAACGUUUCUUUUGCGGCAAAUUACACGAGACCGCCAACCGUGCUAGUUACACCCAAACACAGCACAUCUGGAAGAAAUGUAGACCCAAAACACAACGCAAUCUCCGCUUGGAUUGAGGGGGUAAAUAUUUCAUCUUUCGAGAUCUGCUUUAAAGAGCUAUACAGCAGUAAUGGAUAUGACGCCGUGACCAUUUCUCAUGUGGUUUUGAGAGAAAUAUGCAAACACAAUUGGGUAUAUUAUAAUGGAUUUUGCUACAAACGGGAGUCAGAGUGUCAGACGUGGUCAAAUGCCUCUUCAAUAUGUAUGGGAUACGGGGCAAAUCUUGUCGGAAUUGAAAGUGCCGAAGAAGACGUAUUUGUUCAGCAUCUCCAUCAUGGUCGACCAUCUUGGAUUGGACUUAAUGAUCAAGCAAAUGAAGCCGUGUAUUUAUGGACCGAUGGAGGAUCUGUGUCGUACACACACUGGGCUCCAGAAAUAUUCACACCAUUCAGCGAGAAAAACGAUUGUGUGGAGAGUUUAGGAAGAGAUAUGAACUAUUACUGGAUACCAUCAUCAUGCAACAACUGUCAAAGGUUUACCUGCAAAACAGACAUUGACGAGUGCACUAUCGGAACUUACACCUGCCACCAAUAUGCAGAUUGUAUCAACACUGUCGGUUCCUAUAUAUGUCAAUGCCGAAAUGGUUACACUGGAGACGGUCAAGAGUGUACAGGUGCACCCAAAGGUUUUUCGCCCUCAAUAAGUUUGAGUUCAGGCAGUUACGGGAGAGUUAAAGUUUAUCAUCCAGCAUAUGGGUUGGGUACGGUGUGCGACGACAACUGGGAUAUAACUGACGCGAACGUGCUCUGCCGUCAGCUUGGAUAUAGUAGAGCUACUGCUGCGUAUCAAUCUGCCCACUACGGUCAAGGAAGUGGACCAAUAUUGCUUGAUGAUCUCAGAUGUACUGGUUCAGAGUCAUAUUUAUGGGAUUGUCCUCGCAACUCUUGGGCUACGCACGACUGUAGUCAUAGUGAAGAUGCAGGGGCUUCCUGCACAUGA